AUGGGAAGAGGUCGUCGCAUGAAGAAGCAGGGCCCUCCGGCCCCUCUGGACGAGUCGAAAAUCACCCUGUACAAGAAGCGCAAGACCGGUGAUGGCGAAUCCAACGCGGAAUCGGGCAAGAAGCGGAGGAGAGCAGAAGAGGAAGAGGAGGAGGUCUUGAAGGCUGUGCCGAAGAAGAAGCUUAACGGGGCUGUCAAUGGGAAGGGUAGCAAGGUUGCAAGCACACCGGCUACUAAGAAGGAUGUGAAGAGCAAGAGCAAGCCGGCCAAGAAGGUGACCGAGAAGCCUACUUUUAUGGAUUCGGACGACGAAGAUAUGUCGGAUCUGGACGAGGACGAGAUGCUGGACGAUGAGUUUGAUGAUCUGGAUGGCGUCAGUGAUGGGUCUAUGGAUAGUCAGGAGGAGGCGGGUUCGGAUGAGGAGGAAGAGGACGACGACGAAGACUCGGUCAUGGACUCGGACGAAGAUGACCACCCCCGAGGCGCCAUGUUUUCCGACGACGAGGAUCUUUCUGACGCAGAGGAGAGGCUCACAGCCGCUAAUAUCGAGGGAUUGUCUCAAAAACUGGACGCGACCCGGGAAGCAGAGGAGGAAGAGGCGGAGCGUGAGUUACAGGAGUCAGCGAUGCAAACCAACAUCGCCGGCGAUCGGCCGGAUGUCUUUGCAGACACUGAGGGCAAGCCCGGUCUGGCUCCCGAUCUGCAACUGCUGCGUACCAGAAUCACAGAUACCAUCCGCAUCCUGGGCGAUCUCAAGACCCUGGGACACCCGGGCAAGUCCCGUGCCGACUACCUUCAACUCCUCCUGGACGACAUCUGCACAUACUAUGGCUACACACCGUUCCUUGCUGAGAAGCUGUUCAACCUGUUCACCCCCAUGGAGGCGUUUGCCUUCUUUGAAGCCAACGAAACGCCGCGUCCUGUCGUCAUUCGUACCAACACCCUGCGGACCAACCGACGGUCCCUGGCGCAGGCCCUGAUCAACCGUGGUGUGGUCCUCGAGCCCGUCGGCAAGUGGUCCAAGGUGGGUCUGCAGGUAUUCGAGUCGGCAGUGCCUCUGGGUGCCACGCCCGAGUACCUGGCGGGCCACUAUAUCCUGCAGGCGGCGUCGUCUUUCCUCCCCGUCAUGGCGCUGGCCCCGCAGCCCAACGAACGGGUUCUCGAUAUGGCCGCCGCCCCCGGUGGUAAGACAACGUACAUCUCGGCGCUGAUGCGCAACACGGGCUGCGUGGUGGCCAACGAUGCCAGCAAGCCCCGUGCCAAGGGUCUGAUCGGUAACAUCCACCGUCUGGGCUGCAAGAACACGAUCGUGACGAACCUGGACGCGCGCACCGCCUUCCCCAAGGCGCUCGGCGGCUUCGACCGCGUGCUCCUCGACGCUCCCUGCACCGGAACAGGCGUUAUCUCCAAGGACCCCAGCGUCAAGACCUCCAAGAACGAGCGCGACUUCCUCGCCAUCCCGCACAUGCAGCGCAACUUGCUCCUCGCCGCCAUCGACUCCGUCGACCACACCUCCAAGACCGGCGGCUACGUCGUCUACUCAACCUGCAGCGUCACCGUCGAGGAGAACGAGGCCGUCGUGCAAUACGUCCUCCGCAAACGCCCCAAUGUCAAGCUCGUCGACACCGGCCUCGGCGACUUCGGCACCCCGGGCUUCACCGCCUACAUGGGCAAGAAGUUCGACCCCAAGAUGACCCUGACCAGACGCUACUUCCCGCACCGCGAGAACGUCGACGGUUUCUUCGUCUCCAAGUUCAAGAAGACCGGCCCCACCCCGGCCUCUGCCGCCGCCGCCUCCGAACCCGCCGCCAGCGCCAACAAAUCAACCGCCUCCACCACCUCUGAUGACGACGACGCAGUCAACAAGACCCCCAUCCUCGACGAAGACGGCACCGUCCCCGACCUCGAGGGCGGCGCCUUCGGCCCCUUCAGCGACGACGAGGAUCAGGAGCGCAUCGUGCGCGCCGAACGCAACCGUCUCCGCCGCAAGGGCCUGAACCCCAAAGCGUUGAACAAGCCCAAGAAGACCGAGUCUGCCGCCGAGGCCGCCCCUGAGACCAAGCCUGCGCCUGCGCCUGAGCCCAAGGCCGAAAAGAAGACUGAGAAAAAGACCGAGAAGAAGACCAAGCCCACCGAGUCCUCGUCGAAACCCGCCAAGAAGGACAAGGACGUGAAACCCAAGUCCAAGUCCGAGGAGAAGAAGGCCAGCAAGAGCGAGGAGGCGAAGCCGGCGAAGUCGGCCAAGAAGAGCAAGAAGGCUAGUAAAUAG